AUAUGCUCCUACUACUGGAACAAUUGCCUUUUGAAGUAGGAUGCUGCAGAUCAGUGUGUAAGCUAAUAAGAAGCAGGAGGUGAGUUGUUUUCACAUAGUUCCUGUUACAGAGCUUUGAGGAGAACAACCUCCUGCUUUCUGGGUUGUGGAGUGUGAGAUGCAGACUUUUACCAUCGUGUAACUGUAAAAUUGAACUCGCCCAGCGAUUACAUACAUUUUUCUGGAAAGUUUGUCCCAAUGGUUUAACAUAAAAAAUAUAAUCUUAGCCCAGCUUGACGAUGAACCUCAAGGUUCCCUUUCAGGACAGGCUGACAGACUUUCUGUUUCCAGAGGGCUGCUCACCACGUUGGCACAGGGCAGCUGGGGAGGUGACAAGCAGGCAGCCUUUCUCAGGAAAGGAGGUGCCACACAGCUUAUGCUGUUGCUACUUGACUUGAGAAAUAGCAAAGAAUUUGAAGCGAGUUUGCAAAAUUAAGAUGCUUAGAAAUAUGAAAAGCAAAUAUUAGAUGUCUAAGUAAUAUUUUGCUUUCUGAUUUAACAUGAUUACUCAUGUAUUCUGGAGUUGCAGGUCUCUGCUGCUCUGUUGGUGGAGGAGAGGGUCUCUUUUUGUGACCAGGCAUGAUUCUUUGGACUUCUGUGAACUUCAUGUGUUUCAGUGAUUUUGGGACGUCUCAGGGCUGUCCUGUGGUUAAACUGACUGCAGUAAAGGGUCUUCAAACCUAUGGGUGGAUGUAAAUUUCACAGGACACAUAAUUGUUAGUGUAGAAAAAUUUGCUGCAUGGUUCAGAUGGAUUUCAAUAGCUGUGAAAAUGCAAUGGAGUCUGCUGGGAUGUGCCAGCUGCUGUAGCACUCUGUGAACAGGACUAAUUAAGCCCUUGUGAGAACAGAAAAUAGGCACUAUUUACAGGAGGAAAGUGUUGGAACAGGCAGAGCUGUAAUCAUUGCCUCUGAGGUACCUUUAGACAGCAGUAGGCAAGAGAGUAGACAAUUGCAGAAUGGUCUGAAAAUCAUAUCUGAAUACUCAGAGUGGGUAUUUCAGUGUUCUGCCAGCACAUCCAAGUGCCUUGCAAACCUGGUGCAGGAAAAGCUGCUUUCUUUUUAUUUUUUUCCUUUUUUCCCCCCUGUUUUAUUCUUUCUGCUAGUAUUUUAUCUCAAAAUGCUAAAUGUUCAGAUUUCUCACCUAAUGGUGGAAACCAAAGGUACCCCAGAUAUAGAGGUCAUAAUGUUACAGUGUUGCCUGCAUUUGAAUAGAUCCUGUGAGAGUCCAGCUGUCUGCCGAAGUGGUUUGUUGCUGUGAUGUUGUUCUUUUUCUAAGGGUAUCUGUGAUCAUCUGCAUAUAUUCAAAGAUAAGGUGUCACUAGGCUGCUUUAUCACAAGUACAGCAAAGCAAUUUUUCAUAUCUGUUCAUCUAGUUUUCCUCCUUCUCUUCUUAACCAAAUGAAAUGCUCUUUUUCCCCAGCAUGUUGGUUCCAUCUGCUUAGAGGAUUGCAGAGACUGUCAUUCUUUGUUUGAAGCCAAGGUCAAUUGUGCUGCUCUGUUUAGGUCUAGAAGAUGACAAUUUACGUGCUGUGGAAUUUUUUAGGAGAUCACUGGAUGUGUUAAGCAGCUCUACAACUUCUAGAUAAGGGUCAUUUUGCUGGUGAGAGCCUUUAGUGGGCUUUUCUCUGUUUUAAUGACAGCAUUUUGGCAAGGUUCCUGUUUUAGCUCCUUACUGAAGGAAUUUUUUUUAUUUGUCAAGUUUGAUUUUUCUCAAAAAGUUGUCAUAAGUGUGUGUUAGUAAAUUGGAUGUUUUUGGAUAUUUGAGUAACAGGCUGUUCCUCGAGGGAAUGAAAUAUUUUCUUCAUGUAAUUCCACAGACUUCAUUGAAGGUCCUCACUUGUGCUCCUUUGAUUUCUUGUUCAAGCUAUUUGGUAGGCGAUACUAGAUUUUGGGAGGUGUCACCAUGAUAAGGAUUUCAAGAUCCCAUAUGUCUGUACAUUGUUUCUGUUUUUUGUAAAAUGCAGAACUUGGGAUGGAAAUGAGAUAGCUGAAGAGAAGCAAUAAAAGCUGUCUUUUGAGAGCAAAUACCAACUCUGGCUACUUAGCUUAAAUCUGCAUAGUAAAAUUCUUUUAGCUGGUGGUAAAAUUCCAUAAGUUAAUCUUUAACUCCUGCUUGUACUAGAACUGUAUCUGUAUUUCCUGGACAGCAGUGGAGCCGUUUGAAAAAGCCAUGCAGUGCAAAGAUAAGUAUAGCUGAGUCUGGCUGUGUGUCAGUCCUGAGAGUCCUGGCAGGCUUUUAGCUGCAGGGAAAGGGAUUUCAGCGUUUGGAACAAGGAACAAGGAAGUGGCUGGCUAGUAGGACUCGGGAUGAAGAGUCACAUGCAUUUCAGCAUCUCUCAGCUGACAGCUUAGAGCCAAGACAUAAUCAGCCAAACUGAACCAAGAGGAAAGAGAAUAUUUGAGAAGGCCUCCAGCAUCUCAUGAACGAACCAACGGAACUCGAUAAUGCUGGUUCUGCAGAGCCAGGUCUGCGGCUCAGAAAAGGACACAUGUCUGACACUGCAACAGCACAGGCAGCCUUUGAGGAGGACAGCUCUCAACAGAGGCUUCUAGUGGAGCCACCACAGUCUUCUGACCAGGAAAAUUGUUCUGAGGAUAAUAAACACAAUGAUGAGCCACCUCAAGAAGAUGAAGGUUUUAUGGGAAUGUCACCUCUUCUACAAGCCCACCAUGCUAUGGAGAGAAUGGAAGAGUUCGUGUGUAAGGUGUGGGAGGGCCGGUGGAGAGUCAUUCCCCACGACGUUCUGCCCGACUGGCUGAAGGACAAUGACUACCUGCUGCAUGGCCACAGACCACCCAUGCCUUCCUUCCGGGCCUGUUUCAAGAGCAUCUUCAGGAUACACACAGAGACUGGCAACAUCUGGACUCAUCUCCUAGGAUGUGUGUUCUUCCUUUGUCUGGGAAUCUUCUACAUGUUCCGGCCAAACAUGUCCUUCGUAGCACCCGUGCAGGAGAAAGUGGUCGUUGGGUUGUUCUUCUUGGGAGCCAUCCUCUGCCUCUCCUUCUCAUGGCUCUUCCACACAGUUUAUUGCCACUCAGAAGGUGUUUCCCGGCUCUUCUCCAAGCUGGAUUAUUCUGGCAUUGCACUCCUCAUAAUGGGCAGCUUUGUACCAUGGCUGUACUACUCCUUCUAUUGCAACCCUCAGCCUUGCUUCAUCUACUUGAUUGUGAUUUGUGUCCUGGGCAUUGCAGCCAUAAUUGUCUCACAAUGGGACAUGUUUGCCACCCCUGAAUACCGGGGUGUAAGGGCAGGAGUAUUUCUAGGUCUGGGUCUUAGUGGGGUAAUUCCCACUCUGCACUUUGUCAUCUCUGAGGGGCUCCUGAAAGCAGCCACAAUGGGGCAGAUAGGCUGGCUGGCACUCAUGGCAUGCCUGUACAUCACUGGUGCUGCACUCUAUGCUGCCCGCAUCCCGGAGAGAUUCUUCCCUGGCAAGUGUGACAUCUGGUUCCACUCCCACCAGCUGUUCCACGUGUUUGUCGUGGCCGGAGCUUUCGUGCACUUCCACGGGGUGUCCAACCUGCAGGAGUUCCGCUUCACGGUCGGAGGGGGCUGCACAGAGGAGGAGGGGAUGCAGUAGGAGCAGCCUUCAGCCCAAGAGCAGAACCAAAAGAGAGCCGGCGGCGCGGGCCGAGCGUCCGGGCUUAGCAAAAGGAAUACCUAAGAAGAAUCCAAGUUUCAGCUGAUGAGGCGUGGAGCUUCAUGGGGAUUCUGACUAACCAAGAUAAAUUCUAUACCUCAAGCAAUGGAAUAAAUCAAUUUGAAGACCAGGAAAUUCUGAAAACCUAAUUUAUUCUUGGGAUCUACAGAUUGAGCUACAGAGGACCCUUUCCAAAUCGGCUUCUGUUCAAUGCCAUAUUUAUUUGUAGAACUGGGGAGGGAUAGCUUAGCAGUUUCCUUUUUUUUAAAAAAAGAAAAAAAAAAGUCAAGGUUAAAUUUAUAUCCUCUCGGAGGGUUUGGGCGUUGAUUUUAGAUGCUCUUUUGGGAGAAAAACAAAAUGUAAAUAAGAUUUCUAACUUUCUGUUUAAAUAAAAUUUAUAUAAAUGUUUUAAACAAUGGGUGGGGGGAAAAGGGUUUUUGUAAAGAAUGCAACAUGCAAGUACCACACACUGUUUCAAUUUUGCACAAAACAAACGACUGCAGGAGGACCA